GUACACAGGACCACCUUUUCAUACCUGAGCUCUAGAAUCGCGUGGAGCAAGACUGGAAGACUGACGAAAUUAUAAUAAUAUUUCAACAUUUAGAAAUGGCAUCUACUGGUGCUAGUAGCAGUGGACGCCCGUCCGGCUCCUCCAGUUCCUCAGGCUCUUCCAGCAGCACUGACCCACUUAUAGCGUCAGGAUUGCUCUGUCAAAUGAAGGACAGAGAAAAAUACAUAGAGACAUUCAAUUUCCCUUAUUGUGAUGACGUGGUGAAAUACGAAAAGGUCGCCAAAAUCGGACAGGGGACCUUUGGUGAGGUCUUUAAGGCAAGAGACAGGAAAAACAUGAAGAAAUUUGUGGCUCUAAAAAAGGUGCUGAUGGAGAAUGAGAAAGAAGGAUUCCCAAUCACGGCCUUGAGAGAGCUGAAAAUCCUGCAACUCCUCAAGCAUGAGAAUGUUGUGAAUCUCAUCGAGAUAUGCCGCACAAGACCAUCUCAACACAACAAAUACAAAUCCACUUUCUACUUGGUUUUUGACUUUUGCGAGCAUGACCUUGCUGGUCUUCUCUCAAAUGUCAACGUCAAAUUUAGCUUGGGCGAAAUAAAAAAGGUGAUGCAACAGUUGUUGAAUGGACUUUAUUACAUCCACAGCAACAAGAUACUUCACAGAGAUAUGAAGGCUGCAAAUGUUCUUAUAACCAAAAAUGGCAUUCUCAAAUUGGCUGAUUUUGGAUUGGCUAGAGCGUUCAGUGUCUCUAAAACUGGGCAGCAAAACAGAUACACAAAUCGUGUAGUGACCUUAUGGUAUCGCCCGCCUGAACUGCUUCUCGGAGACCGAAAUUACGGUCCUCCUGUGGACCUGUGGGGAGCUGGAUGCAUAAUGGCUGAAAUGUGGACUAGGAGCCCCAUAAUGCAGGGGAAUACUGAAAUACAGCAGCUCACUCUCAUCUGCCAGCUCUGUGGCUCCAUCACAACUGAUGUUUGGCCUGGCGUUGAGUCGCUAGAAUUGUUUAACAAAGUCGAGUUGCCGCGUGGCCAAAAGCGCAAGGUCAAAGAACGCUUGAAGCCGUACGUGAAGGACCCUUACGCAUGUGACCUACUGGACAGGCUGUUGAUGCUGGACCCAAAGAAGCGAGCCGACAGCGACGCUGCUUUGAAUCACGAUUUCUUCUGGACAGAUCCAAUGCCAACUGACUUGUCUAAAAUGCUAGCUCAGCACACACAGAGCAUGUUUGAAUAUCUCGCGCCCCCUCGCAGACCAGGGCACAUGCGGGCUGCCCAUUCGCAGCAAAUGGCUCAGGCAAAACCUUCAAGCACCCUCGAUGGUGGCUUCCAAGAUAGAGUAUUUUGACUCUAAUGCGGUUAAAAUAACCUGAGUGCAAAUUCCUUUGCCUUGAAAAGCAUGGCGCAGAAUCUACUCCUUUCUCAAACCAAAUUAAUUGAUAUCAAAUUUUACCUUGCAUUCCAUUAUUAUUGAUUGAAUGUAACAAUUCGUCCUGGUCCCGGCAAAAUUGCGCAACGUUCAACAAACACCCAAAUUUUCACUGUCGAAUUGAUUGUUGUCCUUUUCUUGCAACAAGGAAAUUCGCGUUUGGUUGUUGAAAGUUACGCAAUUUUGCCGGGACCAGGACGAAUUUCUUUACUGAGCAAGGCAAUAAUUGAAUGAGACUCAUCUGAACCAUUCCAAUCAUUGCUUGGGUUAGGAACACGGUGUGUGUCAGUUACUGAUUCUGCUAUGUUUCACUAAAAUGUAGAGUUUUGAAAGGAGUUAAAGAGACCAUGUAAUUAUUU